UCAAAGUCCUCCCGGCGGCGCGGUGCCGCCAUGUCUUCAAGAGAGAAGCGGUUAAUAGCGCUUAUCUCUCUCGUGGUCUGUGCUACCGCAAUAUUCUGUGUAGUUCUGUAUUAUAUUCCAACAUUGCUUUACAUAGCUUUCAUUAUUGGAGUUUGUUGCGUUGCCUGUUAUUAUCACAGCGGAGAAUCUCUUUACGUUAGGUUAGGCCAUCAUCCACGCCGUGGUCUGACAAUUCCACCCGUGCUGCGACGCUGGUUGCCAGGGAUUGCAAACGGAGUACCCACAGCGGGAAGAGUUAGAAGUCGCACGGUCAAGGAUGAUGUUAGGGAAUCAGUAGUAUUUACUGGCCAACGACGUUUCGAUAGCGCUAUUUGUCGGAAAGACGCGACACACAGUGACUCAUUUAUUCUCAGUCCUCGGGAUAUACUCAUGGGAAGUUACAUUGGGAAGGCAAAAAGUCCUGCCUCAGUUGUGGGGAGGCCGCGAGCGGGUGCAAGUUCGGGUGCUAACACCAUCGCACGAGAACAGUUAACUUUACGCGAAAGAUUGGCGCGACCCAACCAGGCUGUCAUUACUCCAAACAGACGACUGUCAUUCGGGGGCGAGCCCCUUGGCACUAUGGGCAGGUUCACCAUCACUCCCCAGCGCCACUACCCCCUCCAGCAGACUGGCACCUCCUCUGUGGGCAUCCUGCCCCCGACCCAGUGGGACGGCUUCAGAAAGAAGAAUAUUCUCACCCCUCGCAACUCUCCGGCAGUCCACAGUCCAGUCACAGUGAAGAUCGCUAGGCCAGAUCACAACACCACUCAAUCCCAGUUAUUUGAUCAUUUGAACUCCCCGGGAGUCCUUGGCUCUCCAGGCCUGGGGGCCCCUGCAGACCCCUGCUCCAGGGAGACUGUUCUGAGCGUGCUCAAAGAGAGUCGCAAAAGAGUGGUGGAAGAUGACAGGAGCUUCACUGCAGGGCAAAAGAGCAAAAGGAGGCGCCAUGACAGCAGUGGGAGUGCUCACUUGGCAUUUGAGCCACUACUGCCCAAUGGAGCUCCAUCACAGCUGGUGCUGAAUUCUCUGAAGCGAGGGCUGAAUGCUAUGGUGGAGGAGUCAACAAUGAAGAGGUCACGCACCUCCUCCAUCAGCUCUGUGAGCUGUGGCCUGACCCCCAGCGGCACCCUGGGCUCGGUCCGCAACUCCAUCCGUAGCUCCCUCAGCUCAUCACAAGGCAUUACUCGGUGGAAAAAAGCCUCCACCCGCAGUCUCUCCCCGCUCUCCAGCCCUGGGUCGUCCCGGUCCCAGACCCCAGAGAGAGCCUCUAAAAAGCCCAGGGAAGAGGACGCUCGCUCACCCAGCUCCGUGUCCUUGGCGAGGUCUGACAAGACGUUGACAGACCCAGCACCAACCACUGGGAAGCUGUCUCCAGCCCCUGAAGUCCCUGUGGCUUCAGCCUCGUCAGACUCUGCCGGUAGUGGGAAACGGAAACGUAAGAUUCCGCUGGUGUCCAGCCGUAGAGGAGACCAAAUCUCUUUGCCUCCACCUCCUGAGUUGGGCUACACCAUCACGGUGAAAGACCUGGAUCAGGAGAAGAAAGCCGCUCUCAGCCAGAUCAACACAGUCCUCAAAGAGCCUGAGCCAGAGAAGCCUGCUCCGGUAGUGACCACAUCUUCUAAACCUCCCGUGUCAGACAACCCCACACCCACCCUGCUGGCCAGCCAUCUUACCGUAUCAAUGCCUGCUCGUGUGGCGGCUCCUAUCCCUGUCAUCAACCUAGACCCCGUCCCCUCAAAUACCGUCAACACGGCCCCAACCUCCACCUCCUUCCCUGUCACCAACACCCCUGCAGCCAACCCCCUCCUGGAGUCUCUGAAAAUGAUGAGGAACAACCCCCUCACCAGUGCUGCUGCUGACAAUCCUACAGCAGUGACGACCCCUGCACCACUGGUGCCUGCAGAGCAGAAGUCGAAGACCAGCUUGACUGCUCCUCAGGCCACCCUACCCUCCCUCUCUCAGCCUGCACUACCCUCCCUCUCUCAGCCUGCACUACCCUCCCUCUCUCAGCCUGCACUACCCUCCCUCUCUCAGCCUGCACCACCCUCCCUCUCUCAGCCUGCACCACCCUCCCUCUCCCAGCCUGCACCACCCUCCCUCUCCCAGCCUGCACCACCCUCCCUCUCCCAGCCUGCACCACCCUCCCUCUCCCAGCCUGCACCACCCUCCCUCUCCCAGCCUGCACCACCCUCCCUCUCCCAGCCUGCACCACCCUCCCUCUCCCAGCCUGCACCACCCUCCCUCUCCCAGCCUGCACCACCCUCCCUCUCCCAGCCUGCACCACCCUCCCGCUCCCAGCCUGCACCACCCUCCCGCUCCCAGCCUGCACCACCCUCCCGCUCCCAGCCUGCCUUCACCCAGGCGCUGAGCCAAGUUACCAAGGCACCCAGCAGUGUCCGCAUCCUGGGUGGAGCGAGCCUGUUUGGAAUGGCCAAUCCACUGACUGCCCCGUCCUCAUCACUGGGCCCCACCACAACCACCACCACCACAGAAACAACCAGUAGUAAUAAUCCCCUCCUGGCCUCUGUGUUCAAGCCCAUCUUCGGGGCCACGGCCUUAGCCCCAGAGGGCACACCUGCUCUUCCCACCUUUAAACCCAUAUUUGGAAGUGCCACAGCCACCAGUGCUUUCGGACAGCCAGCCUCCUGCUCAGCCCCCUCCAAUGCCAGUACGUCUGCCAUAGUGUUCAGCAGGCUAACCAACAGCAGUACAGUGGCCCCAGCCACCUCCCUGUUCACUGGGCUGUCUAAUAGCACCAACCCAGCCACCCCGCCAUCUGUCAAGUCUCUGUUUGGAAACUGGAGUGCGCUACCUGCAACGACUGCUGCCACAACCACUGCCACAGGAAGUACCUUCCAGUUCGGCACCGCCUCCACCACAGCUCCUGGACCCACUCUCAGCUCCACUGCAGCCGCCACCACUAGCAACAGCGGCUUUUCGUUUGGUGCGAUGACCACCACCUCUGCCACCACUCAACCCACCCCCUCAGCUACCACCCAGGGGGGAUUCACCUUUGGCCAGCCUGUAGCCACCCAGAGCUCUACCACUGCAUCCUUCGGUGGCUUUGGCAUGGCCACUGCAGCCACUGCUCCUGCACCUGCAAACCAGUCCACUUUCACAUUUGGGAAGUCGUCGUUCGAAGCUCCGGCGGCAUCGGUGUUCCCCGGUGCGAUUCAGGCCCCGGCUGCUACUGCGGCAGCUAAUCCUUUCACAUUUGGGUCACCUGCCACUGGGGCCACCCCUGCCCCUUUUGCUUUUGGUGCUGCUGCCACUACGGGGACCUCUACCUUUGGGACCACCACUAAGCUGGCAUUUGGAGCCAACUCCACAGGUUUUGCAUUUGGCAACACCACCGGCACCCCAGCAGCCCCUGCAUUUGGCUCUGCCACCCAGACUGUCGGCAUACUCCCAGCCUCCGCCCCAACUUUCUCGUUUGGUGGUGUGUCCACACAGCAGGCCCCUGCUACCCCUGCCCAGCCUGCCACCGGAGGAUUCAACUUCGGCGCAGCCAUUUCAGGCACUCAGUUUGGAACCUCUAACCCCACAACACAGACACCAGGCUUCAACUUUGGGACGUCUACCCCUGCUUUUGGCCAGAGCACAGCUGCAGGUCCUGUCCCCUUUGGAAGCCCAGGAACUCCAGUCCAAGGAUUCAGUGCUAUGGGAUCCUCAUCAUUCGGCUCUCCAUCAGCUCCUUCGUUCUCCAUUGGCGCUGGCUCCAAAACAUCAGGGGCGCGCCAGAGGCUACAGGCCCGAAGGCAGCACCCCAGGAAGAAGUAGCCUAGCCAGGUGGUAGCAUCUGGCAUAGCCUGGAAGCCCUUACCCAUUCAGCACUGCCAUGACAUCCUCCAGAGGAGCUGAACUGAUACUUCUAUGGCUAACACAUUGUAACCCCAGUCAGACCCAACAGCCAUCCCUAUCUUUCUGUUCCCCUGGCUGGGCUGGCCCCCUUUGUGGUACAGGGUUAGCAGAGGAGCACACACUCCAACUACCGGUAGGAUGUCUACCGCUCUACUGAUUGUGUAGCCACUCUCACAGUGAGGAAAGGGGGAUAUGGAGGCAAAACGAUAGUGUUAUACUUGAAAGAGAAAAGACUAUUGAAAUCCUUUAGACUUUGAGGGAAGCAUAUCCAAUUAAAAAAAACUGUCCCGGCUUUUGGAUUUCCCCUACUACGCCCGUUUCAUGACAUGUUUUUGACAGUUGAAUCGAGACGCGUGCUUACACUUGUUUUUGUAUGAAAUUCUAAGCAGGGCUGUGUUAACGGCUAUACAAGGGCUGAACGUGUUUUUCUGACAUAUGCCCACGGUCAAAAUGGGGCUCACGUAUAGUAUAAUUCGUGGAUUUAUCCAGCUGUACAUGGUAACCGUACUAUAUAGGAGAUGUUGACCGUUUUGAGAUAAUGAAUUGUUUAUUUUAAAUUUUAAAGACAUUUUUAAUUUGGGUUAAUGAAGACUGGUAUGUGGCAUCUCUGCACUAGUUAGGUUUUGAAUGAGUGCUUUGUGUAUUGGUCCCAGAUAUGUCCUUUUAUUGUACAGUAUCACAGACACUGGGAAGCAUUCCUGCAAUGUAAUUUUUAUACUUGUUUGAUCCUAAAUGACAGAAUAAGUUAAACAAUAAACUCCUUUAUCAGAAUGCCAUCAUGGGAUCAGUUAAACAUAACACAUGUAAACAUAAUGUGGAGUUUCAGGGUAGUAGUCAUUAAUGGGUCAAUAUUGUGUUGGUGUAAAUAGGUUACCCUGGACUUGUGCUGAAAACCAAAGCCAAUACUUAAGGUUUGACCUACAAAAUAAUAUCUUCUACUGCUUAGUCUAGGACAAAAAGGACCCAUGAAAGGUAUCUCAUUUUCCCCACUACUCCUGCUCUCACCAUAGUGGGGGCAUUCAAAACAGAUCUGGGGACUGGUUGAGAAUCUUAGAAAAUCCUUCCUUUUUUUCUUGAAGUAACUUCUCCUGAGGAUUGUAUUCCAUUGGCUGGGUAAAAGCAAGCUACUGUACUUUCCACCUAUCCUAACCUAUGUAUUACUACAAGAAAGUAAGGAUGCAUUUUAAACGUGGUUAUUAAGAGCAGGUGUGCUAUGGGAGGGAGGGGUAACAUGGUCCUGGAGAGCCAUAGGGGAUGGAGUCUUCCCCAGCACUGAACACAGAUUCAACUAGUCAGUCUUGAUUGAGGAAGACCCUGCUUGAUCACAAACAUCUGGGCAUUGUACCACAAGACCCCAUGCAUCUGUAUACUAUCAAAACCAAGAUGAGUGCAUUUAUAAGAGAAUUGAAUUUGGAGUGUACAUGCUCCCCUCUUAAGCGUUGCAGAUAGACAUACUUUACGUGCGCCUUCAGCAGUCAAACCGCUUUCCCCUCCCCUGUAUGAUUCCCCUCAAGUCUUUUCUGGUGUUUUUAGCUUGUUACUAUUUUUGCCUCGGUGAGUCUGGCUUGGAGGAAGUAAUGUGGUGAAUGGCGGCAUAUUGCUAGUGCCGGACGUGGUUUUACCCGCACGCUCAAUGGGUGAUGUUUCUGAGUUUUGUUGGGACUUUUUAACAAUUUAUUGAUGAAUGUGUUUGAGUGUGACAAUACAACUGGAUUAACAAAUGUGCACAGCAGGAGAGGUGUUCUUUUCAUUAAUGCUGGAUCAAAACUCAGGACUAAAGGAACUGGAGGGUAAUUGUCUUUCAAGUCAAACCUAACCUCUUUGUGCGCUAAACAUGACUAACCAUGUAGGUUAAAAUUACCUCUGGUGUUGAAUCGGUUCUUAAUUGGGCCGCCCCUCUUGAGACAGAACUAGGAUUUUGAAUACUAAUUUUUAAUCGGAACCUCUCCUGGUCGAGCCAAUUAGGCUAGUUAUUGUGAGAGGUGUGUGAAUGUGUGUGGGGGUCCUGAUUUGGCUAAAUAGUGUCAAUGUACACCUUUAUUUUUGUAUUAAGGCAGGUUGCCUUUUAGAGUUCCUUCAAGCUUGGCUCACUGAGACAAUUGGUCUAGUUUAUAGAAUUUUUCAAGUUAAGGUUUCCUCAACCGUAAUGAAAUUGUGGAAUAAAAGCGUCUAAAAGUUUCCCUUUGUAAGAGCUCCACUUUUUUAUAGGAGCGCAUACUGGGUCUGCUACUGUAUGGGUACUGUAAAUGAAUGCUGUCUGUCUGAUCAUUGUGUACAGUACAAGCCUGACAAACGUGAAUUGUGUUGCUUUAGACUUGAAUGAGACUUGUGGCUUUGUGUGUUACUGUGUGAGGUGUGUGUGUGUGUAUAGAAAGACUGACUUGAAUGUGAGUUUAUUUUUGCUGGGACUAAAGUCCCCUGUUCAUUCUUUUAAAUUAUAUUUUAAUGUAUCAUUCUACGAUGUAACUAUGUAUGAUACCCAUGUUAUACCUAAAUCCCUUUUAAAACAAUUGAUAGCACCCCACCUCAGUUAUCUGGAAGUGAAAUCAAUGAAGUCUGCCCUGUGGUCAUUUUUGACAGACAGCUUUUGAAAGAAGGCUGUUUUUGUUUUGCUCAGUUUACCAGGCUUGUUUUUACUUCUUGUGAUAUCUGCUUACGACAGAUGGGUGGACAAUGUGCUGAAGGUCAACUCAAACCAUAUUGAAUGGCCUGGGCACCUUGUUUGUUCCCAUAGACAGGACUUUAUAAUUGUCUUAUCUUGUGGUCCAGAUUUUGCGUAUGCACGAAACAUUUGAAUGUAGUAUAUUUAACCAGUCACACUUUUGUGCUUUACCCAUUUGUAAAUCAAAGUCAUUUACCCUUGUGCAGAGCUGUGUAAAUAAGUCAUGUUUAACAUUUGGACUUGUGGAUUUAAUCAAGGACCAAGGCUUUACCAUGUGUUUAUUUUGUUGAAGCUUCAAAUGACUGACUUUUUAUAACAUGGAAAGUGUUCGGGCUGGAUGUCUUAAAUUGAGUGUUUGAGAGGUUUGUUACUGUGAAUGGGAACGCAAACAUCGGCUCACAAUGGGCAAUUCGAGAGGAGAGUAAAUGUGCAGACAUGGGCAGCGUAUUAUAACAUUCUCCCCUCUGCUCAUGUCUUAAAUGUACUGUUUUUAAAUAAAAUGUGAUAAAGAUCUUA